AUGUCCUGGCUCAAGUUACACAACCCUACUAUAGACUGGCCUAAUAAGCGUAUUACUUUUAAUUCUCAAUAUUGUAACAACACUUGUCUUUCUGUUUCUAAUUCUAUCCUGGGAAAUGUUGGUGGGACUUCUAACCACCUUGAAGGCAUACCAGAAGACUUAGGAGGUGUUGAGGUAAUUGAACCUCUUGAAGGCAUCCCUAGGGAAACUGGAGGUACUGUGGAUUCUCCACUUGAAAGUAUCCCAGUAGAACUGCGCAAUUUUGCGGAGGUAUUUUCUGAGGACAUGAAGGUGACGGAACUGCCGCCGCACCGUCCUUUUGAUUUAGGGAUUGAUUUAAUCGAUCCUGAUAAACCUGUUAAGGCUAUGGUAUACCCCUUGAAGGCGUCUGAUGAUGAGGAACUUAGAAAACUCCUUAAAGAACAAUUGGACAAAGGAUUGAUUCGCCCAUCCAAGUCCAAAUAUGGUUCCCCAGUUCACUUUGUCAACAAGAAAAAUGGGAAAAGGCGUAUGGUUGUGGAUUAUAGAUCCCUAAAUGCAAAUACAGUCAAGAAUGCGUACCCUCUACCUCUAAUACAGUCUCUCAUUGAGAAACUAAGGGGCGCAAAAUACUUUUCCACCAUUGACCUGAAAUCUGGAUAUAACUUGGUCCGGAUAAAGGAAGGUGAUGAAUGGAAGACUGCGUUUAAAACCAAAUAUGGCCUGUUUGAAUACCUAGUCAUGCCCUUUGGGUUAUGCAACGCUCCUGCUGCAUUUCAGCACUUCAUGAAUGAGAUAUUUAGGGACAUAUUGGACGUCUAUGUAGUAGUAUAUCUAGACAACAUCCUAAUAUUCUCAGAAAGCAGGGAAUUACACACAAAACAUCUCCAAGAGGUACUGAAAAGGCUGCAAGACAAUGCAUGCUACUGUAACCUGGAGAAGUGUAAUUUCUAUGCAUCUGAAGUAGAUUACCUUGGUGUCAUUGCCAAUGGUGAAGGAGUGAAAGCAGAUCCCAAGAAAAUCACUCAAGCGGUUGAUUGGGCAACACCGCGCUCUGUCAAAGGGGUUCAAGAGUUUUUGGGCUUUAUAAAUUUCUAUAGACGCUUCAUACAUAACUUCUCAAAAUUGGCACAACCCUUAUACCAACUACUCCAAAAGAAUACACCUUGGGAGUGGGGUGAACGCCAAGAAGUGUCUUUUAAAGCUCUUAAACAGGCUCUAAUUGAAUCCCCUGUCUUAAUCCAACCCAAUCCAUACAAGGAGUUUUUCCUUGAGUGUGACGCCUCUGAUUUUGCAACGGGCGCUGUCCUUAAUCAAAAGGGCAGUGAUGAUAAAUUACACCCGGUUGCAUUCCUAUCAAAAUCCCUAGCACCUGCUGAAAGAAACUAUGAUAUCUUUGAUAAAGAGUUACUAGCAGUAGUAAGGGCUUCAAAGGAAUGGCGUCACCUGCUGGAAGGAACAGUAAUCCCUGUCAAAAUACUGACAGACCAUAAAAAUCUGGAGUACUUUCAGACAAAAAGGGAUCUGAACCAAAGGCAGUUAAGGUGGAUGGGAUUUUUGGCAGAUUACAACUAUAGGAUUGUGUAUAGGCCAGGCGCACAGAAUAGAAAAGCAGAUAUUCUCUCUCGCCAUGAAGACCACAAGUCUGCGGUUAAAGAGGGGGGUGAAACCCCUGUGCUCAUAAGCCCAGAGCUUUUUAUUGCAGCUAUUCAAACAGAUAGUGACCUUAAUGAUCUAAUAAGGGACGCUCUGCAUGAUGAUAAAGCUGUAUACAAAAUCCUUAAAUCCUUGGAAGAGGACAUACCUGUUAAAGGAUGGAAACUUGAUAAUGGCUUACUCUACUAUCAUGACCGGAUUUAUGUCCCUAAUGAGCCAGAAAUCAGGAAAGCCAUCUUAGAAAGCAGGCAUGAUAACCCUUCCACUGGGCACCCAGGACAGUUCAGAACCCUAGACCUCCUUUCAAGGGAUUACUACUGGUCAGGGAUGAAACAAUCUGUAACAAAAUAUGUCCAAGCAUGCAAUUCAUGCAUACGUAGCAAACACUCCAACCGGGCUCCUGAAGGUCUCCUUCAAAACAUAGAUUUACCCAAUAAGCCCUGGGAGGAAAUAACGUAUGACUUGAUUGUAGGACUCCCCACCUCAGAAGGAUAUGAUGCAAUAUUAACAGUAGUGGACCAAUUAUCCAAAAUGGUUCAUUUUAUACCAACGCACUCUGAUGCUACUGCUGUUGAUGUUGCAAACCUCUUUGUAUCCUUUGUGUGGAAGUUACAUGGGUUACCCAGGAAAACCAUUUUGGACCAAGGCCCCCAAUUUAAUGCAAAAUUCCUGAGACAAGUCUACAAGCGGUUGGGGAUAGAACCACAUUUCUCCACUGCAUACAGACCACAAGUUGAUGGACAAAGUGAACGCUUAAACCAGUUUGUGGAAAUUUACCUACGCCACUACAUCAACUAUGGACAAACAGACUGGGUUGCAUCACUACCACUUGCAGAAUUUGCAUACAAUAAUGGGAAACACUCAGGCUCCAAACACUCUCCCUUCUACAUGUGCUAUGGUUAUAAUCCAGACUUCACAGUUGGAAACACCAAGGAAAGCCAUGUCCCCCAAGCCGACGACCUAGCAGACUUCCUGAAAGAAAUCCAAACUGAAGCAAAAGCUGCUUUAGAAAUUGCUGCAAGACAAAAUGCGCAAUACUAUGAUUUAAACAGAAGGGAAGCAACCAAGCUGGAAGGACUGUCCAACGCUAGGCGGUUGACGCAAGUUCUUAGCGCCAGAACAAGAAAGCGACCCAUAAGCCCUGUUAUAGGCACCAUCCUCCCCCCCCCUUUGCCCACCAUUACGUCACGCACCCCCUCUUGCGCUUCCUCCCGCGCCUCCCAACGCGCCACUUCCCACCAAGGCCGCUCAUAUCCCCAUGAGAUGGCAACCCGUUCCCGGAGCACCGCUCGUCCCCAAUCCCCUCUUGAUCAAGGAGAGCUGGGACCCUCUCUUCCGGCAACCGCCGAUGAGUCAGGGAGCCUCGAACCAGAGGUUUACGGGGAAAUAUCCCUCAGCCGUGCAAUCUCCCUCCUCCUGUGUCGUGCACCACUGUAA